AUGAAUAAGACAUUGUUCGCUGUUAGACAGUUUAUUUCACUGAGACGCAGUUGUUCUUCUGCGGUCUGUCAGGUGAUGACCAAACAGGAGAAUAUUGCAAAACUCUACAGAGAGCUCAGCCUCUUCCCAUCCCUGAGCAGAGCAGACGUAGGACCUGUCAUCACCUCUCAGUAUGGAGGCAAAUACAGCAACAUCUACACAGAAUGGAGCCAGCGGGAUCUGGAUAGGAAUGAGAAUGUCAAGUUUUGCAGACAGUACAUUGUCUUCCAUGAUGACAAGUCUGUGGUCUUCUCUGGAGCAUCUGGAAACUGCACUGAAAUCAAAGGAGAAGUGCUGAGUAAGGACUCUCCUUCUGGGGAAAUGAAGGCAGUUGUCAGAGAAUGCACAAUCAAAGGAGAAGAGAAGCAGUUUCUGGAGAUUUGGAGUAAAAACAUGAAGAUGAAGAGCAUCAAUCUGACAGCCUUAAAGAAGCACGGCAAAGUCUAUGAAGAUGAGCAGUUUGGCUGCUUGGUUUGGUCUCACUCUGAGACCCACCUCCUGUAUGUGGCAGAGAAAAAGAAACCCAAGACUGAAUCUUUCUUCCAGGUGGAGUCACCAGAGCUGUUUUCAGUUGAAGAUGAGGAGGAGACCAUCAGGGUGGGGAAAAAAGAGACUGUGAAAGGGGAGCAGUUUGCCUACCACGAGGACUGGGGGGAGGCCUUGGUUAGUAAGAGCCAUCCUGUCCUUUGUGUUUUGGACAUUGAAGGGGACAAUGUCUCCGUGUUGGAAGGAGUGCCUGAUGAUAUCUCACCUGGACAGGCCUUUUGGGCUCCAGGUGACACAGGUGUGGUCUUUGUAGGCUGGUGGCAUGAGCCCUUCAGACUUGGCCUCAAGUACUGCCCUAAUCGAAGGUCUUCGUUGUUUUAUGUGGAUCUUACUGGUGGAAAAUGUGAGCAACUUUCAUCAGGCACCAGUGCAGUCUAUUCCCCAAGACUGAGUCCGGACCAGUGCCGGAUUGUCUACCUAGAAUGUUCUGUUUAUGGACCACACCUGCAGUGCAGCAAGCUUAGCAUGUACGACUGGUACACUAAGAAGACCUCGGUGGUGGUGGAUGUUGUUAGUCGACCUAGAGAAGACGGCUUUACUGGCAUCUACAGUACUCAGCUGUCACCCCAGUGCUGGUCUGCUGAUAGUCGGCGUAUUGUUGUUGCUUGUCCACAGCGCAGCCGUAAGGAUCUCUUAGUGGUGGAUAUAAAUACAGGCAGCAUCACCUCCUUGACUGCAAAGUCUGAUUUUGGUAGCUGGUGCCUGCUAAACAUAGAGAGAGAUCUGAUGGUGGUCAGCUGCUCCUCUCCCAACUGCCCUCCGAGUCUGAGAGUGGGUUUUCUUCCAGGCAGAGAGUCUCAGGAGGAAGUUGUUUGGGUUAAUUUGGAAGAAUCUCAGUCAAUGCCAGAAAUAGAUUGGCAGAUCAUGACUUUCACUCCUCCACCAGAGCAAGAAAACAGUCAAUACACGGCCCUUGAUUUCGAAGCGUUGCUGAUUAAACCGAAGGAGUUUAAAGGAAACGUGAAGCUGCCUCUAAUUGUCAGCCCUCAUGGUGGUCCUCACUCCGUGUUUGUUGCUGAAUGGCUUCUGUCUCCUGCUGUGCUGUGCAGGAUGGGCUUUGCUGUCUUAUUGGUGAACUAUCGUGGCUCUCUUGGGUUCGGCCAGGACAGCAUCCUCUCGUUACCGGGCCACGUGGGUGUUCAGGAUGUCAAAGAUGUUCAGUUCGCUGUGGAAAGUGUUCUGAAAUGCGGUGACUUUGACCCUCAGAAAGUGGCAGUUUCUGGGGGCUCCCAUGGGGGGUUUCUAGCGUGCCAUCUAAUUGGCCAAUAUCCAGGGUUCUACAAGGCUUGUGUGACCCGCAACCCUGUCGUCAAUCUGGCCUCGAUGAUCGGUAGCACAGACAUCCCAGACUGGUGCAUGGUUGAGGCUGGUUAUGACUACAGUCCAGACUGUCUCCCUGAUCCUGCUGUAUGGGAGCAGAUGUUAAACAUGUCUCCCAUUAAAUACAUACCUCAGGUUAAAACACCAGUGCUGCUUACUUUAGGGGAAGAUGACAAGCGUGUACCUAACAAGCAAGGAAUUGAGUACUACAAAGCUCUUAAGGCAAAGCAGAUCCCGGUUCGGUUGCUGUGGUACCCAGGAAACAACCACUCUCUCUCGAAGGUGGACGCAGAAUCUGACGGGUUUAUGAACAUCGCUCUGUGGAUUAUUCAACAUUUGAGUCUGUGAUGGUCAACUUUCAACUAAUCACAUUAAGACACUACUUUGUGAUUUUAUUUUUCUGUUUUGCAGUCCAGUAUAAAGCCAAAGCUUUGUAAUUUUAUAUUCAGACAAAACACCUCGUUUCUUCGUAAUCUAACUACUCUGUUGGAAAGAAAGUAAUUUUAACAUCACACUUGAAUAAAAGCAUCAUUAAUGCAACAUAAAUUAUUUUUAUGCAGUUAAUAUUCUUACUUACUUUUAAAUACAGAAAACAGUAUAAGGGCUUUUCAUUCUUUUAGCUUUGAUGGGUAUACA